CUCUUACUUUUGUAAUAAUUCAUUUCUGUUAUCUAUCAAUUUAUGUUGAGUUAGAUUAUUUAAAUCGCAUGAUGGUGUAAUUUUUGCAUGGAGAGGCAGUUCUAAAUCCAAUUCCCCUUUUGAACUGGUUGCAUCACUACGCGGACACACUAAAUCUGUUGUUUGCCUGGCUGUUGGAUGUAACAAGAUGUUGUACUCAGGAUCCAAGGAUCAAAGCAUCAAGGUUUGGGACCUAGACAAAUUUGAGUGUAAAAUGACACUCAAUGCGCAUACAGGAGAAGUCACAUCCCUUAUUUGUUGGGACAAAUUCUUGCUAUCCGGUUCAUCAGACUGCACUAUCAAGGUCUGGUAUAAAACCGUCGAGGAUACUUUGGAAGUUGCAUAUUCACACAAUACUUUGCUUGAGAAGAUGAAGUCGGUGUACACGAAUGUAGAAGGUCUUCCUCCGGAUCGAAUUGUGGAAAGCAAUUGCUUCUCCAGGGCGUGGUAUUUUGGCCAUGGAUGAAUCCAAUGCUACAUGUGGAAAGCGGUUGAAUUCAAUUGGACUAGAGAACACCGAAGCUAACCGUCAAGUAUGGCGUAAAAUUAUAUAUGAAGAAAGUGUUAUGACUUGGUUAAAAUAUAAUUUUUAUGUGUAUGAUUUUAUAGUACUUGAAAUAUUAUGA